AUGCCACCCGAGUCAUCGUUCAUCACGAAUCACAGGGGAUCGAUGGUUGUCGGAUUGAUGAAAGCGUCUUCUCCAAUCUCUUCGCCGAUCACCAUGGCCAGUCAUUUCGAUCACUCACAUCAUCUUCAACAAUCUCCACAACAACAAUAUGCUGUCACGAAGUGUAAAGAAGCGUUGAGAGAUCAUGAAGAGGAUGUGUCCGCGUUAGCCUAUCGAGGUGAAAAGCACAAAGUGGUCGUCUUGGGGAGUUCGGGAGUCGGCAAAACCUCACUAAUCUAUCGUCACAAAUUCGGUGAGAUCAACGUGCCGUUUAAUGCGACAAUUGGAGCCUCAUUUGUCACGUGUGAUAUGGACGUGAAAGGCGAGCAGAGUCAACUCCAAAUCUGGGACACCGCUGGGCAAGAGCGUUUCCGGAGUAUGGUACCAAUGUACAUGCGAAACGCAGCCGCUGCAAUUCUCGUUUAUGACAUCACGAAUCGAGCCUCUUUUGAAGACAUUGAUCGAUGGUAUUUGGAACUCUCGCGUAUUUGUGGCCAAGCAGAGCCGAUCAUUGUAUUAGUCGGGAAUAAAUCGGAUCUCGACGCGAAACGGCAAGUUAUGUAUGGAGAGGGAGUGACCAAAGCGCUCAAAAUGGGAGCCCGUUUUUAUGAGGCAUCGAUGUAUCAAGAGAAUGCGAUCGAGCAACUCUUGAACGAUCUCGUCGUCGAUAUUCGUUGUACGGACGACGGGGAAAUGUCUCGAGCUGAGACUGUCAUUUUGGGAGAUGAUGAGGAGAUGAAGGUAGACGAGCGUCGCCGUCUCUUCGGUUGUUGCUCGAUU